CAAGAAGUUGCCGAGAGAGUUUUGGGCUAGGAGAAGAAGGUAUCUCUACCUGGAGGCUUCCAGGAGGCAGCUGCGGAGCCCACCAGAGCCACAGAACCAGGCCUAUGCUCUUGACCUCACCUCUCCCCACCAUCCAAGAGGGCCAAGUCAGGUUGCUCCCUGCUAGAUCUCUCCACCCUGGAAAUGGGCCCCAUGACUGCCAGAAAGGGGGAGCUGCCACCAUGGCCUGGGAAGACUUCCUGGGGGAGGAGUUCUAAGCUGGGUCUGGAGACUCCAAAGGGAGCAUUUCCUAAAGGAAGUUCAUUAGCCCAGAGCAGAGAGAGGCCCCUUAACCAGCAGCUUUUCCCCCCUGUAAGACAGAAGUUCUCAACCUGUGGGUCACGACCUUUUUGUCAAACCUCUAUCUCGAAAAAUAUUUACAUUAUGAUUCAUAGCAGCAGCAGAAUCACAGUUAUGAAGUAACAAUGAAAAUAGUUUUAUGGUUGGGGGUCACCACCGUGUUAAGAGGGUUGAGGCCCACCGCUGUUGGAUGCUGACUUGUUCAUAUGUAAAAGGCUUUAAAGGGAAGAGGAGAGCAACUCAGCCCUACCCGUGAUCAGGCCCUGUGGAUUUGUGGCUAGCUUGCGCUGUACUCUGCGUUAAGGAAUGCAGGUGAAAAGAUCUGAAAACCUGGAAGUUUCUAUCAGCUUGUCCUAGACACCCUGAAGACACCAGUGAGCAGGACCCAGUGGCUGGAGCGGGUGUCACAUGCUCAUGGAGCCACGGGCUCUGGCUGCUUCUGUCCAGUCCUGCCUGCUACCCUCAGAAAGGAUAGAAGCCUAGGCCACAUACUAGAGCAUCAGCUGACAGAUGUAUCUCAGACAGUGGGGCUCCUGAGCAGGCUGCUGGACCAGGCCAUUGGGGAAGAGGAUGCCAGCGAAGGGGCGCUACUUCCUAAAUGAGGGUGAUGAAGGCCCCAACCAGGCAGCGCUCUAUGAAAAGUAUCGGCUCACCAGCCAGCAUGGGCCACUGCUGCUCUUGCUCCUCCUGGUAGCCGUGGCCACCUGCAUCGCACUCAUCAGCAUCGCUUUCAGCCAUGAGGAUCUCCGCAGACACCAGGCUGUUCUGGGCACUGCAUUCUUCAUGCUGAUGCUGUUUGUGGUUCUCUAUGUGCUGGUGUAUGUCGAGUGCCUGGUGCAGCGAUGGCUGCGGGCCUUGGCUCUACUCACCUGGGCUUGCCUCAUGGUACUAGGCUCCGUGCUGAUGUGGGACUCCUUGAAGAACGAAGCCUGUGCGUGGGAGCAGGUGCCUUUUUUCCUGUUUGUCGUCUUUGUGGUGUAUGCACUGCUGCCUCUCAGCACGAGGGCAGCCAUCGCAGUGGGCGUGGCCUCCACUGUCUCCCACCUCCUGGUGUUUGGAGCUGUGACAAGAGCCUUCAAGACGUCCAUGUCCAGCACACAGCUGGGACUUCAGGUUAUCCUGUGGACUCAGGCCCUAGCUGCUGCUCAGAGCCCUGCUGUGCUCCUAGCCAAUGCUGUUAUUCUCCUGGGUGGGAACUUCACGGGUGCCUUCCACAAGCACCAGCUGCAGGAUGCUUCGAGGGAUCUCUUUAUCUACACUGUCAAGUGCAUCCAGAUCCGCCGGAAGCUUCGUGUGGAGAAGCGCCAGCAGGAGAACCUGCUGCUUUCAGUGCUCCCGGCUCACAUCUCCAUGGGGAUGAAGCUGGCCAUCAUUGAGCGCCUCAAAGAGGGUGGUGACCGCCACUAUAUGCCUGACAACAACUUUCACAGCCUCUAUGUCAAGCGGCACCAGAAUGUCAGCAUCUUGUAUGCAGACAUCGUGGGCUUCACGAGGCUGGCCAGCGACUGCUCUCCCAAGGAGCUGGUGGUGGUACUCAACGAGCUGUUUGGGAAGUUUGACCAGAUUGCUAAGGCCAACGAGUGCAUGCGGAUCAAGAUCCUGGGUGACUGCUACUACUGCGUGUCAGGCCUGCCUGUGUCGCUGCCCACGCAUGCCCGCAACUGCGUGAAGAUGGGUCUGGACAUAUGUGAGGCCAUUAAGCAGGUGCGUGAGGCCACGGGAGUGGACAUCAGCAUGCGUGUGGGCAUUCACUCUGGAAAUGUGCUGUGUGGGGUCAUCGGGCUCCGCAAGUGGCAGUAUGAUGUGUGGUCCCAUGAUGUGUCCCUGGCCAACAGGAUGGAGGCGGCUGGAGUCCCUGGCCGGGUGCACAUCACAGAGGCGACACUGAAUCACCUGGACAAGGCAUACGAGGUGGAAGAUGGGCACGGGGAACAGCGAGACCCCUAUCUGAAAGAGAUGAACAUCCGAACCUACCUGGUGAUCGACCCCCGGAGCCAGCAGCCACCCCCACCCAGCCACCACCUCUCCAAGCCCAAGGGGGACGCGACUCUGAAGAUGCGGGCUUCAGUGCGUGUAACCCGCUAUCUGGAGUCCUGGGGGGCAGCGCGGCCUUUUGCACACCUCAACCACCGGGAGAGUGUGAGCAGCAGCGACACUCCCAUCCCCAAUGGACGGAGACAGAAGGCCAUUCCUCUGCGUCGACACCGUGCCCCUGAUAGGAGUGCAUCGCCCAAGGGGCGCUUGGAAGAUGACUGUGAUGAUGAGAUGCUAUCAGCCAUUGAGGGGCUUAGCUCUACCAGGCCCUGCUGCUCCAAGUCUGAUGACUUCCACACCUUUGGUCCCAUCUUCCUGGAGAAGGGCUUUGAGCGUGAGUACCGCCUGGUGCCCAUCCCCCGGGCUCGCUAUGACUUCGCCUGUGCCAGCCUUGUCUUCAUCUGCAUCCUGCUUGUCCACCUUCUAGUGAUGCCCAGGAUGGCAACUCUGGGCGUGUCCUUUGGAUUGGUGGCCUGCCUGCUGGGGCUGGUUCUAAGCUUCUGCUUUGCUACUGAGUUCUCGAGGUGCUUUCCAGCUCGAAGCACAUUCCAGGCCAUCUCAGAGAGUGUGGAGACGCAGCCCCUGCUCAGGCUUGCCCUGGUUGUGCUGACUGUUGGCAGCCUGCUGACGGUUGCCAUCAUCAAUAUGCCACUGACGCUUAACCCAGGCCCAGAGCAGCCUGCAGACAAUGAGACAAGCCCGCUGGUUGUGCGGAACAGGGUUGGGACCCCGUGUGAACUCCUCCCGUACUACACCAGCAGCUGCAUCCUGGGCUUCAUUGCAUGCUCUGUAUUCCUGCGGAUGAGCCUGGAACUGAAGGCCAUGCUGCUGACAGUGGCCUUGGUGGCCUACCUGCUGCUCUUCAACCUCUCCCCGUGCUGGCAUGUGUCAGGCAACAGCACCGAGACCAAUGGGACACACAGGACACGUCUGCUCCUGUCUGCUGGACAAAGCAUGCCCAGCCACACCCUUGCUUUGGGGGCUCAGGAGACGGCCUCUUCCCCCAGCCAUUGUUUAGAGAGAGACCUGAAGACCAUGAUCAACUUCUACCUGAUCCUGUUCUAUGCCACCCUCAUCUUGCUGUCUAGACAGAUUGACUACUACUGCCGCUUGGACUGUCUGUGGAAGAAGAAGUUCAAGAAGGAGCAUGAGGAGUUUGAAACAAUGGAGAACGUGAACCGCCUCCUCCUAGAAAAUGUGCUGCCAGCACACGUGGCUGCCCACUUCAUCGGGGACAAGGCAGCCGAGGACUGGUACCAUCAGUCUUAUGACUGUGUCUGUGUCAUGUUUGCAUCCGUUCCGGACUUCAAAGUGUUCUACACUGAGUGUGAUGUCAACAAAGAAGGACUGGAAUGCCUUCGCCUGCUGAAUGAGAUCAUUGCUGAUUUUGACGAGCUGCUGCUGAAGCCCAAGUUCAGUGGUGUGGAGAAGAUCAAGACCAUUGGCAGCACCUACAUGGCGGCAGCAGGGCUCAGUGUCCCCUCAGGACAUGAGAACCAGGACCUGGAGCGGAAGCACGUGCACAUCGGUGUCUUGGUGGAAUUUAGCAUGGCCCUGAUGAGCAAGCUGGAUGGAAUCAACAGGCACUCUUUCAACUCCUUCCGCCUCCGAGUUGGGAUAAACCAUGGGCCUGUGAUUGCUGGAGUGAUUGGAGCACGGAAGCCUCAGUAUGACAUCUGGGGAAACACAGUCAAUGUUGCCAGCCGCAUGGAGAGCACCGGAGAGCUUGGGAAAAUCCAGGUUACCGAAGAGACAUGCACCAUCCUCCAGGGACUAGGAUAUUCUUGUGAGUGCCGUGGGCUGAUCAACGUCAAAGGCAAAGGGGAGCUGAGGACUUACUUUGUAUGCACAGACACUGCCAAGUUUCAAGGACUGGGGCUAAACUGAGGUGCCUUGUGGUCAGUCUCCUUCCCCGAGGGAGCCAAGAAUGUAGCACCAUGCCUGCUGCAGAUGGCUGUGUGGCUUCUCUGGACUUGCACUACAGGAUGGCUCUGACCUGUGCAUCAGAUUCUGUUUGAAGCAGCUACUACGUUGUACACAGAGGCUCUGUGCUUCAGCCUCUACAGUUCCAAACUAGCCAGGCCACUGGUCUACUUCAGGCUGUGUUCAUUUCUAGGGUGCUGGGAAGAGAAUUUAAUGCAUGACCAAGAUAGACAUCCACCUUGGUGGCCAGUGAACAGCAUACACAGGGAGACAAAACUCCUACUGGCUACAGGAGACUCAGCCAGGCUGUCUAGCAUGGGUUGAUGCUCUCCCUUCCUCCCAUCAAAUCUACCAUGGGAUGUUAUUCUCUCAAUUAGGCAUUCUGGUUGAAAACUGCAAACUGGUGGGUAGUCUCAAAACUACCAGUAGAAAGAAUGUAUGAUCAACACUUGUCCCUUUUUACCAUCUCUGGCUUAUGUUUGAAAUGGACAUGUCAUAAACGGGAGUUUUAUCUUUACUACUGACUCUCAGACGCUAGACAAAGAUCUCCUUUCUAGUGUAUUUUCUUGUUAACCAUGGACUACAUGUAAAUAGGACUGCUGUCUAGUGUCAGUUUAUAGGAUCAGCUUGGCUGCAGGGACAGAGUUCUGAGGAAUGGGGCUCAUAGCAGCAGCAAAGCUUUGAAUUUGCAAUCAAGCAUUUUUUUUUGAUGCAAGUCUUUUGGGACAAGGCUCAGGAAGUUGAAAGUCUAGAAAUGAAGUAUGAUGUUUCAGUUCUGUCUGCACUUUAUUUAUUUUGGAGACAGGGUCAGCCUAGGUUGGUCUCAAACUUCUAACCUCUCCUUUCAGUCUCCAGAGUGCUUCAAUUACAGAUGUGCACUAUUUCCAGCUCUGUUCUGUGGGAAUGCCUGUACAGACAGGCUUGGACAACUUGUACCCCUUACCUUUUCUCCAGUCUUCUGAGCUGACUGCAGAGCUUCAAGUACAACCUACUUGGCAGGAACAUGUGUUUGGGCCCCUGGCCUGUGAACUGAGCCCCUUAACAAAUGCCAAGUUCUUAUGCAGAUGAGUCAAGGCAAAAGCCAGCUUUGUGAGAUGGUGUCUUACUGUGCUUUAGCUCCAGACCAUUCCAAGUGUGAGAUGACCAAACACCCUACUCCUUUUUGGAAAUGACUUCACUGCCACAGAACGUCACUACAUCAUGGUAUUCUUAGCUAGCAGUCACCAAGGAACCUCGGAGUCUCCAAAUGAUAUGAGUGCUGCAGACAGGGUGCUAACCAGCCAGGUUUACCGAGGACGUUAGUCCAAGGCUGAGUAGUCAGGGAUGCAGAGGGGAGAGAUAGGACCUGUUUGCUGUGCCGUGUCCUCUGGAGCUUUAUCAGCCUGGGAAAGAAGGGCUGGUUUUAGUUUGCACAAAGGAAUUUAGUAGUGGUCAGGGCUUCCCAGCAAGGCACCUCUGGGGAGUAAAGUUCCUAGUGACACCCACAAUGCCCUUCAGACAGAGCAGGAAUGAGCUUCCCCAGGCUGACACAUUUCUACUCUUACAACAGCCAAGUUACUUUUUCCCUCCAGCAACAGAAAUCUUAGCUUGAGUUUAAAAGUAAUUGGCUGCCAUUCAUGCAUUGUUUCUUUUCAACUGAAGCACUGUGCUAGGAGUAUUUUAAGUUAUUGUUCAGGUCAUAAGAGUGUAACUGACAAAAAAAAUCACUUGGGACUUAUGUACACACACUUGGUUUCUGCUUUCCAAGUUAUUUCUCCACAGGUGUCUUGUUUUAUCAUAGAAACUUUAUUUUUUUUUAAAGCCCUUCUGUGGGUCAAGGAUUCGUUUCAGGAUCUCUACUAAAUUGGCCUUCACUGACUACAGACAGUAAUACCCACCAAGUCUUCUGAUUUAUUUAAAGACACUUCCUGACAAAAAGUGAUUACUUCUGUGUACUUCAUGGAUAACAGGUCAAUGCUCUGAGUGGGUACAAGCAAGUAACUAUGGUUUGUUCUGUAUGUUUAAUAUUUAUAGGUUGCUAACAUUUGCUUCAGUGUUCUGUUUUGUUUUCAUAAAUUCUGAGUGCCUGGCUCCUUUUUAUAUGUUCAACCAAAAAUUAAAAAAAACCUGAAUGUUC